CUGUUGAAAACUGUGAUAUCCUCCAGACGGAACAUGAAUUGGAGAUCGUGUGUUCUACUACUGACGACCUUGUUAUCUGUGUUCACGUGCACGGCGGUGGCGGAUGAGGGGGAGGGAUGGGGAAACACAGACUACUACUCACAGGUGAGAGUAUUACAGCAGCUAAUAAACAGUGAAAUAAACAAGGAACUGAGACAGAGACAAUUCGAAAAGGAUUUAGCCCGAAUUUUAAUGGAUUCUGCAGAGGACCUACAGUCUGCGCCGCAAAAGAAGAGCUAUCUCUGGUUCAAGUCGAAACCAAGUUCGAUUCCCAUUCAAACCAGAGUUUCCAUAGGCCAGUCUCUGCAGCCACAUCGUGAGGAGUUAAACAAACAACCCAAGGGAUUAUUUCGUUAUGGAAGAAAAUAGAUUAAAUCACUCAAUGUUUUGAGAUGCAGAUUUCAUCGCCGUUUUAAAUAAAUGCAUUUUUGGUAAAAUGAAUCAAUAAAAGUGAUAUCAACGCUGUAUAUGGUGUGUCUUCUAAGUUAUAACACUUUGAUUUUGAAUGAGAUAUAGUGUUAAUCUACUUGUUUGAUGUUCUUAUUGUAUUGACAAUUUCAAAUUGAAAAUGUUUCGAUGGAAAACUGCAAAAUAAAAUCUUAAUGACUA